GGUGUUUUCUAGAUUGUAAGUAACUAAAUACCAAGUUAUAGACGCAUGCAUCACAAUCGAGUUGAAGUGACUGUGAAUUAUGCGUGAAUUUGAGGUGAAUUUGACUAUUAUCAUGGUUAUUGUUAUUGUUGAUAUCAUUGGCUGUAUAGUAGCGGGUUAAUGGCAUCCGGCGCAUGCGCAUUACAUCACUCUGUCAAUUCGAAACCAAGCGAGGGAAAACCAACCGGAAUCCUGCAUUCGGGACGCCAUGCCGCGACGAGUGAUGUUGCAGGGGGCGGAGCCGGGCGCCCAGGUACCAGCCCACCUGACCAGCGUUCCCGUCUGGCUCAUCGGCCCCGACACCGACUGCUCCAAUAAAACCGCCACGGGGAAAGUGGUCCACAAAGGCCCGCUGGUGUCGCUGGCGUCUCACAGCUUCAUCCUGAAGGCCGUAAUCCAAGAAGAAGACUCGUCCCGAAGUGCAUCGAUUAACGUGGUCCUGAUCGGAGAGCUGGCCGAGGACUUCAGUCGAGCUGUCAAUCAGGGGGACGUGGUCGUGUUCUCCGGCUUCUCUGUGGGCAAAUCCCCCACGGUCCACAAGGACGGGCUCCACCCCUUCAACCUGCUGCUGUCCGGAGACGCCGCCUGCGUUUAUGUGUCCCCUCCUACUCCUCCUCCUCCUCCUCCUCCUCCUCCUCCUCCCAUUCCUUCUUCUUCUUCUCCUCCUGAUGACCCCAGGAGCUCGCCGGCCAAAAAGAGGAGCUCCACCCUCCCCGCUGAGGUUUCCAGGACCACGCAGGCUCCAAAGUACACGUACAGUUGCCUGGGCGACCUGCAGGACGGGUCGGUGGUCAACGUGUACGGAGUGGUGGUCUUCUUCAAACAGCCCUUCAAGAGCCGCGGCACGGACUUCUGCUCCACGCUGAAGAUCACCGAUCAGUCCGAGCAGAAGAUCGCCUGCACGGUGUUCCGUGACAAGCUGGAGGACCACCCCCAGAUCUUUAGAGUCGGAGACAUCGUGCGCCUGCACAGAGUCAAGGUGAAGAUGUUCAAAGACUCGAUGACGCUGAUCAACACCUUCGGCUUCUCCGUGCUGGCGUUCGACGGCGCCGAGGGCGACCCGGUGGAGCCGCGCACCUCCAGCAGGUCCUUCCACCUGGACCAGGAGGACCGGCGGACCGUGGAGGAGCUGAGGACCUGGGCCGCCAGCCGGGGCCUCCUCCUCCCCACGACCCCCCUGUGCGCCGCUCGGCCCAAAGACUACUUUGACCUGACCUGCCAGCUGCUGGCCAAAGCCCCCAUGGACACCACCUGCACCCUGCUGAGGGUGUGGGACGGGACCAGGUGUGCUCACCCCCAGCUGAAGGUGAUCGUCGAGCCCAGCGCGGUGGAGGGGCCGACCUCCUUCUCCGCGGCCAGAGAGAGGCUCAUCGCCGACGUCCUCGUGUACGACAACCACGCCGAGUCGGCCCGCCAGCUCAAGCCGGGGGACUUCCUGAGGAUCUACAACCUCCGAGCGAUCCCCGGGGCCAGCCGGGCGGGGGCCCCCCCCCACGGGGGCCGGUCCGAGGAAGACGCCUCUCACCUGGGUUUCCACCUGCACGGGGGGACGGCGUUCAGCAGGGGCAUCCGAGUCCUCCCCGAAAACAGCCCUGCAGUGCAGGACCUGAAGAGAGUGAUGGCGGCCGUCCCACAGGAGGACGAGGACGACUUCUCCGAGAUGAACGACUCACAGCUGCUGGAGGUCUGGAGCACUCCACCACAGUCCCCAGAGGCGGAGGCGAUGGAGGUCAGCUCAGGCGUGUGUGUCUCAGAGAGGAGCUGCGGUCACGACGUGUCCCCGCGCUCUCUGGCCGAGGUGAAGCGCCUCCACCCGGGUGGAGUUCACCACGUCAGGGUGCAGCUGAGGAGCUACGAGCCGGUCCGACUCCACCAGGCGCUGAAGCUCCACUGCAGCAAGUGCUCGUCCAUGCAGGACGUCCCAGAUGAUGAGCUGGUGGCGAGUCUCUUCUCGGAAGCCUCCAAGGACCCCGGGCCCUGCCCCGCCCCGCCGUGGGCGCUUUCCGGACAGGUCCUCGUCCCCGGAGACUCCGCGGCGUCCCCGGGACGGUCUCUGAGCGUCCUCCUGUCCACGGACUUCCUGUGCGAGGACACAAAGCGAGAGCUCAUCUUCCUCUCGGGUGCCACUCUGGAGGAAACGUGUCGUCUGGCGGCCGGCUACCAGCACGUCGUCCCUGUGAGGUCAUCGGGAGGUCACAUGACCCUGCUCGACCUGUCGGCCCCCUUCCUGCUGAGGGGGAGGAAGAGAUCCUACGGGUGUAAGCGGUGCUCGCACGUCGCAGUGAGGGAACCGUUGCUCCCAGAAGGACUCGUGAGGAUCAACGAGAAGCUCAUAGCAGAAGCUCUGGGCGUGGAGCCGCUGCAGUUCGUCCUGCUGAUGAAGAUGAAGCUGCAGGACGCCAGCGACGCGCUGGACGUCUUCCUGUGGAGAGGCGCCGAGUCCUUCUUCGGCGUGGCGGCGGAGGACCUGGCGGCCAAUCAGGAGGCUCAGGACGGCGUGCGUCAAACGAUGGACCUCCUCUGUCCAGCAGGGGGCAGCACAGAGAGGCCCUGGAUGGACUUGUGUCUGACGGCGUACCGAGGGGAGGACGAAGGAGGCCGGCCUCAAACCUGCUACCAGAUCCAGCACAGCGCCGUCACCAGACCCCCCUGAACCGCACCAGGUCAAAGGUCACCAAGGAGAGAACGACUGUUUCUAAAUAAUAACGUUUUGGGGAGUUUCUUUCCUUUUAUUUCAUGUUCUUUGUGGAUUUUAUUUUUAUUUAUUUUCAACAACUAAAUAAAUGUGUGUGACAUGUUUUAAACUGCAGACUGACAUGUUUCAAUAAAGUUAUUUAGUUUUAAACUCAAACUCUCGGCUCAUCUGUGAGGUGACGGCGCCACCUGGUGCCCACGCAAAGCUUCUUAUACACCUCAAAGGGAAAUAUUGAUGCAUUGAUCUACUAUAUAUAU